CCAGCUGAGCGCCGCCAGCCCGCCUUCCUCACGGCACAUGAGAAAACGGAGCAUUAAAAAGAAAAAAUAACGAUGUUUAUUAAGAGCAAGUCCCGGCAGGGCCCGCCCGCUCCGCCGGGCCCGCCCGACGACUAACGGUGUCCUGCCCCAACCUCCGCCCCGGGGAGCGGCCACGCUGCCACAGGGACACGGGGCAGGCCAGGGCCGGGCGGUGCCACCCGGGGAUCCCGGUGGAGUGAGGACUUCCAGCUGCGGGCGGCCCGGAGCCCUUUCUGUGCGCGGCGAGCCGCCAGUCGCUGGUGCGGGAGGACCGUGUGGCUCGGGCAGGCGCGGCCCCGCGGUGACGGCCCCGGCGAGCACCAUGCUGCCCACCCGGUUGUGCAUCAUGAGGAAGCUUCCUUCUGUUCUGGCUAGGACACUCACUUCUGGGACCAGUGCCUCCCCAGGGCUUCCUGACUUGUCUGAAGGACAGUCACCCAUUCAUGUGAAUAAUGUGCGGAGCAAAUUGAGGGAUAUAGUGGGAGCAUCUACCAACUGGAGGGAUCAUGUGCAAGCAAUGCAAGAAAGAAAAGCUCUCCAUACUUUACUGGCAAAACGGCAGGAAGAUCUCCCUCCGAGGAGAAUGAAAGAUAGCUACUUGGAAGUUAUUCUGCCUCUAGGAAGUCAGCCUGAAAUAAGAGAAAAAUAUCUGAAUGUACACAACAGCGUAAGGUUUGGAAGGAUACUUGAAGAUCUUGACAGUUUAGGAGUUCUUAUUUGCUACACUCACACCAAGCAGGAGAAGCAGCAAAGGUCUCCUUUAUCCAUAGUUACAGCUCUGGUGGAUAAAAUCAAUUUGUGCCAGAAGAUUAUACAGCCAGACUGUGACAUCAAAUUCACAGGCAAUGUUUCUUGGGUUGGGAAGACCUCCAUGGAAGUGAGGAUGCACAUGCUGCAGCUACAUGAUGGUGAUUACAGCCCUGUGUUAGAUGCAACCUUUGUCAUGGUGGCCCGGGACCCAGAGAAUAAACGGCCAGCAUUUGUUAAUCCACUCAUUCCUGAGAGCCCUGAGGAGGAAGAAAUCUUCAAGCAAGGGGAAUUGAACAAGUCGAAGAGGAUUGAAUUCAGCACUGCUUCCUUACUGAAAAUGGCUCCCACGGCAGAAGAAAGAAACAUUGUGCAUGACAUAUUCCUUAAUACACUGGACACAAGGCAAGAAGGGAGGGGUGAAGGAGAACUGACAUCUUGUGAAAGAGAAAAUUGUCUUUUGAUGAGUUUCCGGAGUCGUAAAUUACCACCCAAUUCAGUGUGGAUGGAAGAUGCAAAGCUAAAAGGCCUGCAGAUUUGCCAUCCUGAGGAACGGAACAUCUUCAAUAGGAUCUUUGGGGGUUUUCUCAUGAGAAAGGCAUUUGAACUGGGAUGGGCAACUGCUUGCAGCUAUGGGGGUUCCAGACCCUUUAUUGUAUCUGUUGAUGAUAUCAUGUUUCAGAAGCCAGUAGAAGUUGGAUCCUUACUACUGCUUUCUGGACAGGUCUGUUAUACAGAAAAAAACUACAUCCAAAUUCGAGUACACAGUGAAGUUUACAAUGCAAAUACCAGGGAGCACCAUACUACCAAUAUUUUCCAUUUUACAUUUAUAUCAGAAAAUGAGGUCCCACAAGUUGUACCUAAGACAUAUGGAGAGUCCAUGUUGUAUUUAGAUGGGAAGCGACAUUUUACUGCAGUCAUGAAAGAAAUCUGACAGGCACUGGGUGCUGCAGCAGCAUGCUGUCUUGGCAAGGGCUGUCACCAGAGGUGGCUAAUGGACAGGUGCUUGUAACACUCAAAGAAAAACCCUACAACGCCCAAACCCAAACCAACCAAACCCAAACUCCACACCAAAACCUGCAUUUUCAGUACUCUUCAUGUAUUUGCAUAUAUUUGGAUUUUUUAUUCUUUACUGCUAGAAUUUAUUGAAAUCUUUUACAUGCCAAUGCUAGGAAAAGAGGCUGAAAAAAAUGCAGUCUUAGGCUUUGGUUAGACUCUCUUUUGUCUACUUUGAGAGAUCUCAUUGCAAUCUUUGCUGUCUUGUUACCAUCUGCUGCCUUUCCCUUGGUAGCUCUCCUUUGUGUUUCCCUUUUAAGGGAUAGAAGUUCUGUCAUAAAGAGGUGUGCAAUAAGUAGAUACACACAGGUGAGGCAAUUUGACCUCCGUUCUUGUGUAAAUUAGGUGAAGGGUCAUAAUUCUUUUUUGAACAAGGACAUAUGCAUCUAAGCAGCAGCAGAGGCUCAGAAGUUAGUAGUGUGUGCACAAUGGAAAGCAGGUGUUUCCCAUCACUGGGGAUUUUACAAGGUUAUUGCAGCUUCUGUUUGGAUGGUUUUCAUGUUCCCUUGGGAGGAAACUGAUUUUUGCAAUGAAAUGAGGUGGCUAGAUGGUAUUUUUUUGGCACUCUGUGUCCUUGCCAGCCUCUUCUAAUUUUUUGUUUGUUUGUUUUAAUAUAUAACUGUGAGUUCCUUAGUGAAUUAUUUCUCAUGGCUUGUAGACUAGAGGUCUGACUGGUGAGACUGGGUGGGACUGGGAAAUGGCACUGUAGAACAGAACAUUUUGGUUUAUUAAGGACUGGGAACAAAAAAGGUAAAAUGCUGCCCAAAUGGUAAUGGUGAUGUUUGGUGCUGCAGUUAAGGGUCCUGAGAAUCUGUGUUGAGCAGCUCCCAGGUCAGCUGCUGAAUGAUGGGAUCUUUAUCCCACUGAGGGGUGGUACAGCUAGAGGACAGUCUCCUCCUGAGCUGGAUUAUUUAUCUGUUCUCUUGGUGGACUGUAGUGCAGUAGGAGUAUUGCACAGCUCUAAAAGUUGUCAAGUUUACCUGUGGAGGAUAGAGAACUUCCCCAACACAGAGGGGACACAAUGGUGGUCUAACUAUGGCAAAUAAAUAAAAGGAACAGAGUACUUGGUACUGAAGUGCUUCUGAUGUAAUGGAGAAAGUUUUCAAUUUCUGGCACAUAAAGCCCAAUUUCUUGAAAUCAGGAAGCUGAGUGGAUGGAAGGCAUCAACUUUUAGCAGUGAGUAUGUCACAAGCAUGAAACUGGUUCUCUGGUACAUUCACAUCAAGAUUGAUACCCUAACUGAUCAGGACACCCAAAGAGGAGUUGGGCUCAGGGGUUAAACAGAUGAAAUGUGAUGUCUUACGAUACACAGGUAUGGAUUCUGGCUUCCCCGUGAGGUUUAAGAUCUUUUGAAAAGAGGAUGCAGCAAAUAUGUAAUAAGUAAUUAUGUCAAUCAGCACAGAUGCAUGAACCAUGUUGGUAAAAUAAAGUAGCAUGUUGAGCUUUUAUUUCUCAGUAAGAAGGCCUGAGAUAGUCACAAUUAGGAGCAGUUUCCUUUGGUGCUAGGAUGGCAUGAAGUUCAUGACCCCUAGCAGCUCUUUGCUAUUCCUGUGAGGAAUUGUAAUUGAGCACUGUAAUAAUCAGCAUGUUAGACAUCAGUCUUUCCUUCUUAAGAUUCAGCUGCUGCAUUGGUAAGUGAGAUUGCUUUCCAGAGUAGGUACAGGGGUGUGACCUGAUCCAGAACAGAUUCUUGCAUUGCUCUGAUGGUAAACUCUUUGUUCCUUCCAUAGAGUUUCUCUCUUCAGUCACACUCCAUUCCUGACUCAGCUCUAUGACAUUAAAAUUUUAAUGGUUAUGAUGCUGUGGAGAUACAUUGUAUUUUCUGGGUUUUUCCUUUUUAAAACUGACUCUGUUAGACUGACCACACAAAUAAAGAACUGAAAUUGUAUCUCAGCUUCUUCCUCCUUGUUGCAGGGAUCAAUGUUGACUGUUAAAAAAUAAAUAGGAAGGAAGGAAGUGAAAGGAUCUAUUUCAGAACUAUGUUUUACUCCUGAGUACCUGCAGGUUUUUAUCACUGACCCAGUGAUCCUACCCAGAUCACUUUUUUAUAACACAUAUAAGUUAAGGGGAUACCAAAUUCAUCCUCUACUGACUUUUCAGCUGUAUUUAAAGAUGAAUUUAUCAUAAUUUCUAAAUUCAGCCUUUGGGAAGGGGUUGGAGAGAAGAAGAGGUAAUAGAGUACGGAGAAAGAUGUGACAUCACAACCUCUGGACACAGUGAAGAAAAUGAAUGCCACAAAUGAAGAAACAUAGAAGAAUUGAUGUGUUCUCAAAGUUCAAGAUAACUUAAUCACAUACCACAAUGACAAUAGUUUCAGAAUGUAUGUGCAGCCAUACAGAACGUGUGUGUGUGUGUGUGUAUAUAUGCACAUAUGUAAAAGAUAGAUCCUUUUCUGUUUAUUGCUAUAUAUAUGUACUCAUGUAUUUUUUACUCUGAGAUGGUAACUCCAAGCUGUCACCCUCUCUGGUAUCUUUGUUCAAGGGUGUGCAUGCUGCUUUGUGCCUCUGUGUGUAUGUGACAAAAAUGUUCUCAGCUCUCACAUUUAGAAUUAAAAUAUUUCAACAUAGUAA